CCCAACCCGCCGGUUUUGUGUUGUGCUUACCGGGCUAACGGAGCGAGCAACGAGCGGAGGGUCCUCCAUCAGCGGGCGGCGGAGAAGACCGCAGGCGGCCAAAGGGGAAGCCAAGAGCGAGGAGGGACCGAAUAUUGCCAAGCGAAUAGGGGUGCGCUGACACACCGGAACGAGUUCUCUGAAAGGCUGUAAAAUGUCCGACUUUGACAGCAACCCGUUUGCGGACCCGGACUUCAACAAUCCGUUUCAGGAUCCCUCAGUGACACAGGUGACCCGGUCUACUCCCCCCGGUGGUCUGGAAGAAUACAACCCCUUCACAGAUGCCAGAACAGCUGCCCCUGGAAAUGCCCCCAAGUCUGCUCCAGCACCUUCGCAGAACACACAACCUGCCAUAAUGAAACCCACAGAAGAGCCCCCAGCUUACUCGCAGCAACAAACACAGGACCAAGCACGUGCUCAGGCUGACUUGCUGAGAAGGCAGGAGGAGUUGGAGAGGAAAGCAGCCGAGCUCGACCGCAGGGAGAGAGAGCUGCAGUCUCACGGAGGAGCCGGUCGUAAGAACAACUGGCCUCCCAUGCCUGAGAAGUUCCCUGUAGGUCCGUGUUUCUACCACGACAUCGCAGUGGACAUUCCCAUCGAGUUCCAGAAGACGGUGAAGAUCAUGUACAAUCUCUGGAUGUUCCACGCCGGCACGCUCUUUGUGAACAUGUUCGGCUGCUUGGCCUGGUUCUGCGUGGAUCCAACCCACGGUGUCGACUUUGGCCUGGCCAUGUUGUGGUUUCUGCUCUUUACGCCUUGCUCCUUUGUCUGCUGGUACAGACCGCUGUAUGGGGCUUUCAGGAGCGACAGUUCUUUUCGCUUCUUCGUAUUCUUUUUCGUCUAUAUCUGCCAGUUUGGAGUUCACGUGCUACAAACGAUCGGCAUCACCGGUUGGGGCACAUGCGGCUGGAUCACAGCGCUAAUGGGCCUGAACAGCAGCAUCCCGGUGGGCAUCAUCAUGCUGCUCAUCGCCGCACUCUUCACCACACUCUCCGUGGGCUCCCUCAUCAUGUUUAAAAAAGUACACGCGCUGUAUCGGACCACCGGUGCCAGCUUCGAGAAGGCUCAGCAGGAGUUCGCCACCGGCGUCAUGUCCAACAAGACGGUCCAGACGGCAGCGGCCAACGCUGCGGCUAACGCUGCAUCCAACGCCGCUCGUGGGGCCUUCAAGCCUCAUCCAUAGACACACGCACAGAAACAGAUGCAAAAAUCUGUCCCUGUUCAAUCACCCCCAAUUUGCUAAUGUCUCCAAAAAAAUUCUUCACUCCAAAUCUAAACUCAUAACAGCUGCCUCUUACCCUGCUUAGUGUGCGUCCCAACCUCGGCCGAGUGAGUCGCGCUUUGUCCUAGUCAUCUCUGUCAGUGGGAUUUACAACCCCACACAAAAUAACCCCCUGUUCACCUUCUGAUUGACUGGACGGGUCAGUAGCUCCGCAGCGAGAUUGAUUGACGGCAUGAUGUGUGCAUGUUCAAGCACACUCAACAAGGUAGCUAAUUCAUUAGCGUUGUGUCUGCUGGAAAUGUGACCUGCAUGUCCAUUGGCUGUUUGACAGACACCUGGUAAAAGGGAGGACGACUCAAAAGACGUGUGUGAGCGUGUGUGACAUCAUUUGUCUUUGUAGCCUGUCACACGUUGAAAAAAAAAAUAAUCAUCUAAAGCUGCUAUCAAUCUGGAUGUGGCCUCUUGCUGAUUUCGGGUUCCUUCUCAUGAAGGGAAUUCGCACGAGACUCGGCAAACAGGCCGACAUAAAUGUUUUUUUUUGUUGGGGGGGGGGGGGUAUGAGUCAUGUGACCUGUUUUAACAACAGAAUAAUUGGUAUGUUUAAAAAAAAAAAUGAUCCCAGUGUUAAAUGAUAGCACGUGGCUGACUGGUGCACAUUACCCCGCAUACAGCGAUGAUCAUGUUCGUUUGGCAACCUUUGUUAAGCCAAGGCACAUUUUUGUUUUGAAAACACACUACACACCACUGAACAAAAAUCUCACGAAAAGCAUACACCGAAGUAUGGACGAUCCCACAAGUUCUUCCAUCUAGUGGAAGAGCAUUUAAUUGUUCUGCCUGUCACUGGCAUAGAUAGUUAAACAAAGAUGCAUUAUUUGCAGGAAAUAAAUUCUAAUUUUCAGUAAUCCUGUGGCCAUUUGUGUCAGAAUCACUGUGUUUAAAAGCUGUACAGACUACUGUCACCAACUGGAUUUGUGUUGUACUUCUGCAGCUCUUGUUAUGGGGGGUGCAUGCCACACGGCAAAUGACUGAAAUUGUUGUUGUUACAAAUGUUGGACUGAAUCUCAACCAUAGUACUGGAAGGCUAAUAGCGACAUUAAUAUGCCAACACUAACCAUAGUAUUUCUUUUGUUUGGAGUUUUGUUUGAAAUUUGAUAGCACGUCUGUUAGUUGUUCUUAUUUAUAGCAUAAUUUGGUUAUUUGGUUUUACAUGUAUUAUGUGUUACGUGCAUCAAAAGGGGUGCUUGUUUUGAAGGUAUGACUGAUUACAUAAGACAAAUCCCGGAAGUGUUAUUCUACUGUAUGUCCUCAAAAGCUGUGAGAAAUCUACCAAAUGUUCAUUGAGAUUUUUCUUUUCUUUUUAAAUCUCAGUUUGUGAUGUGCUCUUUUGCCAUACUUAACGACAUUGAAAGUCGUAUUGUGCAAGCCAGUCUAUAUUACAGAAUGUGUUUAAACAACAACAAAACGACGUGUUUUAGACCAUGUUAAUUCACUGAAUUAAGAGAAUAAACUAAUUUAAGAGGAAUACCGUACUUGUACAUUCUGUAAAGUUGAUAAUUUGAUGCCCCCUUUAGGAAUCGUGUGUAAAAAGAACAUUUAAUGCACUCUUGUCUGGCCUUUGUCGCAUGUGAAAUAGUUUUCAGUUUUGUAUAUUUAUGGUAUUAACAUGGAAUAAAGAUUUGA